GCCAGGCCGCGCCGGAGCGCUCACUGCCCGGGCGGCCGGUCCGGCUGCUCCGCGCCCGGCUAUGGAGCUGUGGCAGGUGCCGCUGGGCUUCUCCCGCCUCCGCAUGUUCCCUUUCUUCGACCUGGCGCAUUAUGUCGCCUCCGUGCUGGCGCUGAAGGAGCAGCGGGGAGUUGUGGAAGUGUCAGUCCGAAGUCCAUUGGCCUGUUGGUUUAGUGCAAUGCUUUAUUGCUUUGGGGGUUCAGUUUUGUCUUCGUUGAUGCUUGGUGAGCCUCCAGUAGCAUUUCUGGCAAAGACCAUAAAUAUUCUCCUGGCAUCGUCAGUCUGGUAUCUAGUGUUUUACUGCCCAGAAGACAUAUUCUGCCGCUGCUUUUCCUUUCUGCCUCUUCGUCUUCUGGUGGCAGGAAUGAAAGAAGUGACAAGGACUUGGAAGAUCACAGAUGGCAUUACACAUGCAGACACUGUCUACAAAGAUGCCUGUCUUAUCAUGGUGGCUGUUGGCUGGGCCAGAGGUGCUGGUGGUGGCUUAAUUUCUAACUUUGAGCAGCUGGUGAGAGGAGUGUGGAAACCUGAAACCAAUGAGCUCCUGCAGAUGUCUUACCCUGUGAAGGUAACUUUAAUAGGAGCAGUUCUUUUCACCCUGCAACGCAGACAGUAUUUGCCAAUAGCAAAACACAACCUUGUGUUUUUAUACACCAUCUUUCUUGUUGUCUUCAAGGUCAAAAUGAUAUUGACAAGAUGUUCAACUUCUCCACUUGCUCCCUUCGAGGCUGCAGUGGGCCAAAUGUUUUUUGGCUCACAAAAGGCACCUUCCAAAGUGAAGGGUGAAAGUGCCACAUCUUCCAACGGCUCUUCAGUCUGUGACCAGUCUUCUGAGCAGCACCAUGAGGGUGCUAAGAAAAAACAAGCAAAGAAAACAGAAUAAGUGACUUGAAAUCCUUGUGGUGGUCAUGAAGAUGUGUGUCUUCCAGAUUAGGCUGGCUGAGAGGUUUCUCUAACGAAAAUGAGAACAGGGCUGUUCUAAUUUUUGGAGUGUGUUAUGUGAGCUAUGUGUAAAUGCACGCGUUGGAUUUGUGAGUUAAAACUAUGAACUUCUAUAGUGCUUAAAAGUUUACUAAUUUUUGUACUUACGAUAACUUCAAUUGCUUAUAUGAUAAAAAGAUAGUUUCAAAAACGUGACAAUCAUGUUUUUUUCCUACUGUAUCACUUGUUUCACAUCUUCCUAUCCCCCAGUUCUUAUGUGUCAUUUUGAUAACCCUGAUUUGUACUGUCAGGUGUUCACUGUAGCACAUCCCAAAUAAGAAAGUCAUUAAGUAAGGCUUAAUCACAUUGCACUGUAUAAAAUCAUAAAAAUGUACCAAUUUAAUGCCUUUAACUAGAAAAGUAACUGAAUUAUUGCUGUAAUUCAC